AAAACUUUUUGUAUUGAAGGAAUCAACAGCCGCCAUCUUGUUGUUGCUCGGAAUUAGGAUUUCGAUACAACGCUUAUUUUAACGUCUAAACCGAGCCGCCUUUCCGUGAUAUGAACCCUUCCUUCCACAGAGGACGAACCCAUAGCGUCGCCCUGGAGACAUUUUGUGCAAAAAAACGGGAGUCGGAUCGGUGGUCGUCGCACGGAGAAGCUCCGUAUAUCUGAUUUCCCCUUCAGAGUGCGGCGUUUCGGUCCCGUCGCCGUCCCGGAGCAGUAUUGAUCACGGACACCAGGUCGCCGCUUUCGAAGUCGUUUGAAGGAAUCGCGCGUUUCUGUGCAAUUGUGCAUUUUUUAUGGAGCUUCGCGCUAAUUUUGCAUGAAGAAAUUUGACGUCACCCAAAAUGUGUACUUUGAUCUAGAAAUAAAUACUUCCCCUCCCCCGGGAUGCAGCGAUCCACCUCGUUUUGAACGCCAGGCAUCUCGAAGUUGGAUCUGUACAUGGGGAGUAUUUCAUCGUGGGACAUAUAAUGACAAUAAUGUGGGUGUUGGGUGUUGGAUUAUCAUGGGGUGAAUGGCGGUGGCGAAGCGGGGCGCUAUUGCAUCUCUUUUGAAACACGGACUCUCACGCCACGGUGAAAGCUAACGCUAGCAGUUAACCGAGCUGGUAGCAAGCGUUUUAGCGUGCUAAUGUGCUAGUCUGGAGGCUUCGGGUUGACCGAACCAGAACCCUAGAGACACAUUUAUCUAUUUCCAACGCUCUGUCGGAAAAGAUAACAACUAUGGCCGAGAACCUGCUGGACGUCGGACCUCCCAACUCCAAACGGCCGAAGCUGAAUUCACCUGCCCUGUCAACGUCUGAUGGAACAGAUCUGGGCUCUCUGCCGUGGGACGAUCUGGAGAAUGAUCUACCUGAUGAGUUGAUUCCCAAUGGAGGGGAUCUGGGCCUGAUGGGUGGAAUGGCUUCAAACGGGGGCACUGCACCAGGAGUCGGUGGACCAGGGGGUAACCCAGCAGGCCUAGGCAGUGCUGGUGCCACUGUUGUCCCAGAUGCUGCUGCGAAGCACAAGCAACUCUCUGAGUUGCUCAGAACGGGUAGCACCUCAAGUAUUAUAGGGACAGGGCUGAAUUCAAGUAGUCCACAGCCUGGAAGUAUGGGACCCCAGUUAGGAACACCACUGGGUAAGAGUCCCCUUGGCCAGGGCUCCCCAAACAAUCACCCGUCCCCACAGACUCAGAAGGCUGGAACACCGACAGGAGUAACGGGGCAGAACAACAGUAACUCUGCAACUGUAAGCUUGAAUACCACAGGCUUCAACCAGGCCAUGAUGAAUAACAACAACCAAGGUCAUGCUGCACUAAUGGGCCAAGGAGGGCAGGCCCAACCUGGACAGGUGAUGAAUGGUGGUCUUGGGCCUGGAGCUGGAAGAGGACGAGGAACUGGGGUUGUUGGAUUGCAGUACCAGGGCCAGACUUUGCCAGGGUCUGCCACGGGUACCGGAGGACCUGGAAGUGCAUUAGCCGAGACCCUUAACCAGGGUGGACAGCAGAUAGGGGCACACAACACACUCAAUUCAGUGCAGCAAGCUGGGGCAAUGAAUAAGAUGACCAUGGGCAACGGAAACUCUUUUGGGGCCCAAUCAUAUGGACAAGGGGCUGUAGGGCCGGGUCAGCAGCUGAACUCUCAACAACAGCUUCAAAAUAAGGCUGCUCUCGCCAACAGUUUACCACCCUUUCCCAAUGAGCUCAAAGGUGCAGCUGUAACCAGCGUGCCAAACAUGCAGCUCCAGCAGCAGCCACAGCAAGCAGCUAUGUUGCCUCUGGCAAGUGGUGGAGGUGUGGCGGUUCCUUCAGCAGGCCCAACUGCCGACCCAGAAAAACGCAAGCUCAUCCAGCAGCAGCUGGUCCUGCUGCUGCACGCUCACAAGUGCCAGCGUCGGGAGCAGGCCAAUGGGGAGGUUAGGGCCUGCGCCCUUCCCCACUGCCGUACCAUGAAGAACGUCCUUAAUCACAUGACACACUGCCAGGCUGGCAAGUCCUGCCAGGUUGCUCACUGUGCGUCGUCCAGGCAAAUCAUCUCCCACUGGAAAAACUGCACUAGACACGACUGUCCUGUCUGCUUGCCACUGAAGAAUGCCAGUGACAAGCGCACUCAGCAACCCAUGUUGAGUUCUCCCAAUGCCGGCCUACCGAAUCCCAUGUCGUCGGUGGGUGUCGGCCAACCCAGUGCCCCUUCCAUCAGUACCUCAACCACCAUCGAUCCAAGUUCCAUGCAGAGAGCCUAUGCAGCACUUGGUUUGCCCUAUGGCAGCCAAGCCACAGGGCAAACCCAACAGGCUACUGGCCCUGGACAAACCACUGGCGGCCAGAAUGCCCAGCAGCAGAUUUCACAACAGAUGAGACCCAUCAAUGCACUUGGAAACCAAAUGGCUCUCACUGGUACACCUAUGGGUGUGACCACAGACCAGACAAACAUGCAUCCUGACUCCCUUCCCAAUGCGUUAAAAUCUGGCAGUCAGCUGCUAUCAGAUGGCUCUGCUGUUGGCUCAAUGGGCAACCUUCCCACAGCAUCACCCAUCACUGGUAAUGGCAACAGGAAAGCAUGGCAUGAACAUGUCACUCAGGACCUGCGUAAUCACCUAGUACACAAACUCGUACAAGCCAUAUUUCCUACGCCUGAUCCUGCGGCAUUGAAGGACAGGAGGAUGGAGAACUUGGUGGCCUACGCCAGGAAGGUGGAGGGGGACAUGUACGAAUCUGCAAACAGCCGAGAUGAAUACUAUCACUUUUUGGCUGAAAAGAUCUAUAAAAUCCAAAAAGAGUUGGAGGAGAAGAGGCGUUCAAGGCUCCAGAAGCAGAUCAACCAGACACCAAUGAACAACCAGGGAACUCAGCAGCCUGGUCUUCCUCAGGCUAAUGCCUUGGUUCCCAGGGCACAGAACGGACCUGUCUCUCAUCCAAACAUGCCAAAUCAGAUCAUGAACCGCAUGCAGGUUCCACAAGGCGUCAACCAGUUCAACCACAUGGCUUUGCCUAAUGCCCAGUUGUCCCAGAGCCCCAUGGGAGCCCGUGCUGCCUCGCCGAUGAACCAUCCACAGCAGAUGAACAUGAGCACUGUCCCAGCAAUGGGAUUGUCACCGUCAAGAAUGCCCCAAGCCCAGGGUAUGAUUGCUGGUCACAGUGGCAGCAACAUGGUUGGCCAGACAGCUGGCCAAGGACAGUUCAUGGCUCAGACCCAGUUUGCUCCAGGAUCUGCUGCAGUCACUGCUACGGGACCUAUGAAUGUCACCUUAGGGUCCGGCAUGGGCCAACCACCUGCACAGGCUGCCGUUACCCAGCAGCAGCAGAGUGCUAACCUCCCCAUGAAUGCAAUUGGCUCUCAACUAGCCUCUUCCCAAACCCCAUUGCACUCUACACCACCUGCUGCCUCCUCCGCCUCCACUGUUGGGGGGGCCUCUAACCUGCCACAUCUCCAGUCAUCCUGUCGCAGUGCCACCCCUACCCUCACAGGCCCUGCCCCAGCACAGGUUGCCACCCCUUCCUGCCCCAUUCAGCCCCAAACCCAAGCGGAGCUCCCUGCAACAGCACAGACGCAGCCCCCAGCUCAGCCCCCUACCACGCCGCUUUCCCAAACGGGAGCCAGUCUUGACAAUAGAGUUCCGACGCCAACAUCAGCAGCCAGCGCUGACCUGCAUUUACAGCAUGUUGGAGCAGACCUCCCUGUCACUGAGAUCAAAACAGAGGUGCAUCAUGAUCAACACGAGUUUGAGGCUGCUGGUGGCAAAACUGAACCCAAAAUGGAGACUGAAGAAGAAUCUACAAGUACAUUAAUAAAGAAGGAGGAGGAAAAGCAGGAGCCCAUGGAAGUAGAGGUGAAGAAGACUGAAUUGAAGAUAGAACCCAAAGAAGAAGAAGGAAGAGCCAACAGCACAAACGCCACCUCAUCCCCCCCUCUGUCACGGAAGAAAAUUUUUAAACCAGAAGAGUUGCGCCAAGCUCUGAUGCCUACUUUGGAGUCCCUCUACAGGCAAGAUCCGGAGUCGCUUCCCUUCAGGCAGCCUGUAGAUCCCACGCUACUCUGUAUCCCAGACUAUUUUGACAUUGUGAAAAACCCAAUUGAUCUGUCCACGAUUAAACGGAAACUUGACACAGGCCAGUACCAGGAGCCCUGGCAGUAUGUCGAUGAUGUCUGGUUGAUGUUCAACAACGCUUGGCUCUACAACCGCAAAACUUCCAGAGUCUACAAGUUUUGCUCCAAACUGGCUGAGGUGUUCGAGUCUGAGAUUGAUCCUGUCAUGCAGGGCCUGGGAUACUGCUGUGGUCGGAAGUACGAAUUUUCCCCACAAACUCUCUGUUGCUAUGGAAAGCAGCUCUGUACCAUACCCACAGGAGGCACAUAUUACAGCUAUCAGAACAGGUACCAUUUCUGUGAGAAGUGCUUUAAUGAGAUCCAGGGAGAUAGUGUGACAUUGGGAGACGAUCCUGCCCAGCCACAGACGAUGAUCUCAAAAGAUCAGUUUGAAAGGAAAAAGAAUGACGUGCUAGAUCCUGAACCGUUUGUUGAAUGUAAAGACUGUGGAAGAAAGAUGCACCAAAUCUGCGUGUUGCACUAUGAGGUCAUCUGGCCAUCUGGAUUCAUCUGUGACAAUUGUUUGAAGAAAAGUGGAAAAGUGCGGAAGGAAAACAAAUUUUCUGCAAAAAGAUUGCAGUCGACUCGACUGGGAAUGUAUAUAGAGGACCGUGUGAAUAAAUACUUGAAGAGACAGAACCACCCGGAGUCUGGAGAAGUCUUCGUGCGAGUGGUGGCAAGCUCAGAUAAAACGGUUGAAGUCAAACCUGGCAUGAAAGCCAGGUUUGUUGACACUGGUGAAAUGCCUGAAACCUUUCCCUAUAGAACCAAAGCACUUUUCGCCUUUGAGGAGAUUGACGGUGUAGACGUGUGUUUUUUCGGCAUGCAUGUGCAGGAGUAUGGAUCGGACUGCCCACUCCCCAACACUAGGCGCGUCUACAUAUCAUACCUUGACAGUAUUCACUUCUUCAGACCCAGGAUUUUAAGAACAGCCGUCUACCAUGAGAUCCUUAUUGGAUAUCUAGAAUAUGUCAAGAAACUUGGAUAUGCUCAAGGGCAUAUUUGGGCAUGUCCGCCAAGUGAAGGAGAUGACUAUAUCUUCCACUGCCAUCCUCCUGACCAGAAGAUCCCCAAACCAAAAAGGUUGCAGGAGUGGUAUCGAAAGAUGCUAGACAAGGCUUUUGCUGAGAGAAUCCUGCAUGAUUAUAAGGACAUCUUCAAACAAGCAACAGAGGACCGGUUAACCAGCGCCAAUGAGCUUCCUUACUUUGAGGGUGACUUUUGGCCCAAUGUGCUGGAGGAAAGCAUCAAGGAGCUCGAACAGGAGGAGGAGGAAAGGAAGAAAGAGGAGACCACCGCAGCUUGUGAAGCUCCUGAGGGCACACCUGGUGACAGCAAAAAUGCAAAAAAGAAGAACAAUAAAAAGACAAAUAAAAAUAAGAGCAGCACCAGUCGAGCCAACAAGAAAAAGCCUGGAAUGCCGAAUGUAGCAAACGAUCUGUCUCAGAAGCUCUACUCGACUAUGGAGAAGCACAAAGAGGUGUUCUUUGUGAUCCAUCUCCAUUCGGGUCCAAUGGCCAACACCUUGCCACCCAUCAUGGACCCUGAUCCUUUGCUCUCCUGUGAUCUGAUGGAUGGCAGAGACGCCUUUCUCACUCUUGCCAGGGAUAAACACUGGGAGUUCAGCUCUCUCAGGAGAUGCAAGUGGAGCACCAUGUGCAUGCUAGUCGAGCUGCACAACCAAGGGCAGGAUCGUUUUGUCUACACUUGCAACGAGUGCAAGCACCACGUGGAAACCCGCUGGCACUGCACCGUGUGCGAGGACUUUGAUCUGUGUAUCAAUUGUUAUAACACAAAGGGCCACGAGCACCACAUGGUUAAGUGGGGACUUGGCCUGGACGAUGACAGCAACAGCCAGGGUGGAGAGGCUUCCAAGAGCCCACAGGAGAGCCGUCGCCUCAGUAUCCAGCGCUGCAUUCAGUCCCUGGUUCACGCUUGCCAGUGUCGCAAUGCAAACUGCUCUUUGCCCUCUUGCCAGAAGAUGAAGAGAGUGGUGCAACACACCAAGGGCUGCAAGCGCAAAACCAAUGGUGGCUGCCCUGUCUGCAAGCAACUUAUUGCUCUGUGCUGUUAUCAUGCAAAGCACUGUCAAGAGAACAAGUGUCCUGUCCCAUUCUGCCUGAACAUCAAGCACAAGCUGCGGCAGCAGCAGUUGCAGCAUCGGCUCCAGCAGGCCCAACUCAUGAGAAGAAGAAUGGCCACCAUGCAAGGACGAACUAUGCCACUCCCUUCCCCACCUGCUUCAGCGACCCCCGGCACUCCCACUUCCCAUGUGCAGCCCAAUACACCUCAAACGCCCCAGCAGCCGCUUUCCAAUCAGCCGCAGACCCCCAAUUCAGCUGGGGUCAUGUCGCCCGCUUUCUCUAAUGCAUCUCGAAAUGGUCAACCUCAGGCAGCGGUGUCUCAGGGUAAACCUGGGCCUCAGGCAUCCCCUCACCACCAGCAGCCGUCCCCCAUUCCCCAGCCUCCACAGCAACCGCAGCAGCUUCCGCAGCAGCCUCCCAUUGCUGCUGUGCAAAUGGCAAGGCACAUUGAGAUGAUGGCACAGGCCCAACAGAACCAGCAGAACUACCGUGUCAACAUAAAUGGUUUGCCUAUGAACCCGCAGCAGCCACAACAAAGGAUGACUGGGCCGAUGCAGCCACCGAUGCAGAUGGUUCCAGGACCUCGGGGGCCACAGGUAAUGCAGCCUGGCAUGGCCCCGGGACAGUGGCCGGGAGCUACAGGGCCAAUGCAGACAGCUCAGACUCAACAGCCAGGUAUUGUGCCAGGACAGAACCAGGCCAUGACCAUGCAGCGAGCUAUGAUCCCACCAGGGCAGCAGCCCCCUCAGGCCCAGAGGAUGCUCAUACCACAGCAGCCUGGUGCCCGGCCACAGACGCCGCAAAGACUAGGCGCUAUCGCACCAAAUGCCCUUCAGGACCUUCUACGCACGCUUAAGUCCCCAAGCUCACCCCAGCAGCAACAGCAGGUUCUGAACAUCCUGAAGUCAAACCCUCAGUUGAUGGCUGCCUUCAUCAAACAGCGAACAGCCAAGUACCAGGCCAAUCAGCCGCAACAGCAGGCAGGUCAGCCGCAGCAGCCAGGGAUGCCACAGAUGCAGACCAUGACGUUGCCAGGAGGAACGGUGCAGAGGCCAGGCAUGGCCCCUCAGCAACCACAGCAGCCUUCUGCUCAAGGAAUGGCUGCAUUAGGUGCUCAAGCUCAAAUUCAAGAGCACUAUCGGCGCCAGCUCCAGCUCCGUCAGCAGCAGCAGCAGCAGCAGCAACAACAACAGCAGCAGCAGCAGCAACAGCAACAGCAGCAGCAACAACAACAACAACAACAACAGCAGCAGCAGCAAGGAGUGAUGCCUCAGGGCCACCCAGGCCAGUUUCCCGCUCAGGCUUCUACGGCUACCUAUUCCCAACUCCGCAUGCAACAACAACAACAACAACAACAACAACAGCAGCAGCAACAGCAGAUUGCAAUGCAGGCUGGUGGCGCCCCUGCUGGUGGGCCAAUGGGUCAACUCCCACCAAUGACUCAGAUGGCCCAGCCAGGUAUGGGAAUUGACUCCGCUCAGAAUUUACUGCACCAACGUAUGCUGCAGCAGCAGCAGCAGCUUCCUCAGCAGCAGCAGGCCGUACUCAAGCAGCAGAUGGGCUCCCCUGCUCAGCCCAGCCCCAUGAGCCCUCAGACCCACCUGCUGGCCGGCCAGCCUCAAGGUGGACCUCACAUCCCUGGCCAGCCUGCACUAGGUAGCAGUCUUGGCAACCAGGUCCGCUCUCCAGCCCCUGUACAGUCCCCGUGUCCACCGACACAGCAGCUGCCGCCACAUUCCAGUCCGUCACCACAGAUCCAGACUCAACCCCAACCCUCACCGCAACAUCCGCCAGCAUCACACUCAGGUUCUCCCCACCCUGGACUUGGGGGCCCUCUGUCGGGGUCCUUGGAACAGGUACAUUUAGGGGCACAGGAACAAAGCGCAAUGCUACCGCAGCUCAACACUCCCAACAGAGGAGGACUGAACAGUGACCUGGGUCUGGUGGGAGAUGCCACAGGAGACACUCUGGAGAAGUUUGUGGAGGGAUUGUAGCAUUUCCUCUGGGAACUGAAGAACACAAUCCUCCCAUCCCUGCCUCUUCUUGUUCCCUUUGUUGUUGUUUGCUCUUUAUAAAGUUGAGAUCAUCUUUUUGUACUGACGUGUAAAAUGUUUAAGAUGUUGUUUAAAAAAAAUCUGAAAAAAAAAAAUUUGGUCUUCAGACAAAACAAAACAAAAAAAAAAGAUCACCUCAUUGUUUCCAGAAAAGAAUGAUUGGUGUUUCUUAUGACAUGGAGGAAUUUGCAACUGAAUCGAAAUUUGAAUCACAGAAUAUAUUUUUGGUUGAGACCAAAUGUUCAAUACUCAACUUAUUUUUGGUUUGUUCUUGUAUGCUUUCAUGCCCUUUUUUAAGAAAGAAAAAUGUACAAAUCAUUUUACUAUUCAUAUCUCUUUAUUUUGUACUGUUGGGGGAAAAGAAUCGUUUUGUGUUGAUGUUAAAAAAAGAAAAAUCAAUGUGGGAAUUGGGCCAGGUUAUUUUUCUCAAGCUGCCGAUUUGGGGAAUUGUAAUAAUUUGUUGUACUCUAUGAUGCGUUCAGGGACAGAGCCCGCCCCCUUCCGUCUUGUGUGUAUGAAGAGCACUCAGUUGUAUUAACUAGGAAACGGAUUGCGUAGGUUGUGUAGGUCAAAGCACGCAUGUAUGCAGGCACACGAAAACCACCAACACACUCACUCAAACACAAAAAGUGUCUGUCCCAGUACGGUGAAUCCUACAGGUGUAGAAGUGAACGACGUUGAUAUAAAAAGAAGAGCUGUCAUAUUGUUUUGUUUUUGUUUUUUUGUCAUACAAAUGUUGUAAAGUGUAAAGAGAGUGUGAGAAAGAUUACCAGCUCCCAAAGCUGUGGUGGAAUGAUCCCUAUAUGGGCCCCGUCCUCCAAAUUUGACACUAAGUCUUAUGCUCUCCGAGGAUGAAGGGAACAUCGAGAGAUACAGACCUUGUUCCUCUCGCAGGAAACUUGAAUUGGGGAAUUCCUCUUUCUCCUAUUGUAAAUCGAGUUAUUAAGCAAAAUAUUAUAAAUAUAAGGAAGAGAGAAUUGAAUCACUGUAUAAACUGGUAAAAGACUCAUUUCUUACUUAUAUACAAUAUUGUUAAAUAAACUGUGCAACAGGAGAACGG